AUGACGGUGACAGAGUACGAUUGUGCACUGUGUGAAAUGACUCGAUAUGCUCCCGAGUUGGUGGAUACAGAUGAGAAAAUGGCAGAAAAGUUAUGUGCUGGUCUCAAGCACGAAAUAAGAGUAGCAGUGGCAAGUCGCAGAGGACUUUCAUAUUCUGAGAUUUUGGCUUGUGCAUUAGAUGUGGAAGAAGUGUUGCCUAAGGAGAUGACAGUAGCAAAUACUACACCAGUGCCACUUCAACAACAUAAUUUCAGAGAUAAGAGGAAAUGGGAUGGAGAUCGGACUCCAUAUGAUAACAAGAGGCAGCAACCCGUCAGAAACCCACCGCAGUACGGAGGUAGGCAGAGUGCUCCCUAUCAGAGGGGUGACUUCCGGCCUAGAGCCCCCCAGUGUGCUAAGUGCUUUAAGAACCAUUUUGGGGAGUGCAGAGAAAAGAGCAAUAAAUGUUACACUUGUGGUGGAAAUGGCCACUUCUCAAGAGAAUGCCCGAGUAAGAUUAUGGGGAUGGGAGCAGGACAGAACAAUCAAGGGUUCCGUCCGCAAGUGCGGGCAUUACAAGCCGAACCGAGGGGAUACUUACCCGCACCACAGCAGCAGCAGCAACAACGUCGUCAAGGACUUCUCACUCAGGCAAGGGCAUAUGCUUUAAAAGAGAAACAGCCGACGAACCAGCAAGGGAAUCAAGAGCAAGGAAACUUGGCAGGUAUGGGCACGCUCCUCGACAUGCCUAUUGUUGUUUUGUUUGAUACGGGUACAUCACAUUCUUUUAUAUCAGCAUCAUGUGUGAAUACUUUAGAACUGUCUAUCAAUAGAACUGAACAAAGAAUGAGUGUGACUUCACCCGUAGGAGGAACUAUAGAUAUUUCACAAAUUUGCUCGAAUGUAGAAUUUACUAUGGGAGAACUUAAGCUGGUUGCACACAAAUUACAAGUUAUGUCGAUGGGGAGUGUAGAUAUAAUUUUAGGAAUGGAUUGGUUGGCCGAGAAUCGUGUUACCAUUCGCUGCAAAGAGAGAGAGAUCUCUUUUCAAACCCCGGGAAAGGAGCCGGCUAUAUUUUAUGGGAUUUCUAUGAAUCGACGCAAGUCCAUAAUUUUUGCACUUCAAGUGACGACUAUGAUGAGGAAGGGAUGCCCAACGUAUCUCGUCUAUCUAAAUGGAGAGGAGAAGAAAGAAAGAAGCAUAGAGGAUGUGGCCGUAGUGAAUGAAUUUCCAGAUGUUUUUCCCAACGCCUUGCCAGGACCACCACCCGAUAGACAGUUGGAGUUUACAAUUGAUUUGGAGCCAGGAUCAGCACCGAUAUCUAAGGCACUGUACCGUAUGGCGCCUAAGGAAUUGGAAGAGCUUAAGAUACAACUACAAGAGUUGCUAGACUUGGCUGUAUUUAUGGACCUUAUGAAUCGUGUGUUCCAUCCAUACUUGGACAAGUUUGUCUUAGUCUUCAUAGACGACGUCCUUAUCUACUCAAAGAACGAGAAGGAACAUGAAGAACAUUUGAGGACUACCUUGGAGACGUUAAGGGCCGAGAAACUCUACGCCAAGUUCAGUAAGUGUGAUUUUGGCUCAAAGAAGUGA